AAGCUGAGGAAAAGGCAGUUGAAGUGCGUGCCGUGCAUGAACGUGGCCGAGGCAUCGCCGAAAUCAUUGCUGCUCGACGGCGCGAAAAACAACUGAAACGGCGACGCGUGAUGGAGCAGGGCGAGGAUGUAUCUGGAGGAGGUUCCAUGUUCGGGAACAAAAACAACGAGUAUGACCCAACGAUUAUGAUGAUAGGAGACAAGCACAAGAAUAGUUCUUGUUCGUCACAGUCUGGCUCUUCCGCAGAACCUUGGAACGAAAUACAUGCGCUAGUACAGUUUCAGCCACCCGGUGGCUCUGUGGAGGAGCUUUUUCUUGAAAAGCCA